AAAUCGACUCAGAAAACGUAAAUUUAUUGAGAAUCGGCACAUUUCGAAUUCAUUAUGAUUCGUCGGUAGCUCGACGUGACGAACGGCAACGGUUUUUGAUAAAAAGGCCUCAGGCCACUGGUGCUGGUCGCAUCGUAACGUAGUGGUUUGCCGACAAUGUUAACAAUGUUGAGUUAUUGGUGGUGCAUGUUGUGUAUAUGGUGUGCGAUGUGUAGUUGUGAAAACGCGGAGGAAACCACGAUCAAAACACCGCGGAUUGUAAAUCACCGAAAAACUGUUGAGGAAUAUGAAACCUACGUGAAGAACCCUCAAAAAACGAGGAUUCCUUGGGCGUCCCUGAACGAUAGUCUUGGAAGCCACUUGUACCCCCCAGAAGCAAUAUUAUACCGAUGUCCUACAGACUUGGCGAUGAUUAUUGGAUUAAAAUGUUCGCCGGUUGUUGAAAACAUCACACUAGAGGUACUGCAGCAUAUCAUGUCAAAAAGAACACAUGAUAUCAAAAAAGUAGAAACGUUUAAUCACACAAAGUGUAACUGUGUAAAUAACACAUAGAGAUGGAUUCACCUCUUUAAUGAUAAAUCAAACGUAAGACUGUAAAAACCAAUUUGGUACUGUACUUAAAUCAAAAGCGAUGACGAUUAUGAAGUAGUUAGAUUUAAUUUAUUUAUUUCAAUUUUUAUGUAUCAAGUCAAUUAAUUUCUGUAUUCAACGCUACGAUCAACAAUAAUUUCUUUUAUGGGGAAACUAUGAAAUGUUAAUUUCUAAAUUAUUUUUGCUCAUCCUAAAAAAAAUAAUCGUUGAUCACCCAAACAUUUUAUAAGAGGAACCAAUUUUAAAUGCCUAACACGCAUUUGUGAUUUGUAAUAAGUAUUAUUGAUGUUUAAAUU